AAUAGCCUCAAAUUUUGCAGUGUAACAACAAAAAAUAGAGCAUGUCUCACCAGCAAAUAGUUAUAGUAUGGUAAUUUCGGGUAACAAAACUUGAAACCAUUUCAAUGAUUUAACAAAUAACAGCCCAAUUCGUGAGAUGGGUGUAAACAAUCAUCCUAAUAGCCUCAGCGAAGACUGAUAUGCAGCGAGGAUGAGUGAGUGAGUGAGUGAGAAUACAUAAAGUUGCUGGAUUUUAUUGCAGUACAGGACAUAUGCUGCAGCAGACAAUAUCUUGACAAGUACAAGAGGCUAACGAUAAAAUUUCCCCACAAGUUUGAGUUGCAGCAACUAAUAUAGGAUGGAGUAUCAAGGACAUCAUGAAGUUCAAGAGUGUGAAGAGUGACACGUAACAUGUAUGCACUGACCCUGACCCCACGCUGUAGAUACUCAAGUAUAUCACUGUAGAUAUCGUAGGCACCUUAUACGCUAUUUUAGACUAUUUUGCAUAGUAAUUUUAUCUCCUUAGAAUCCUGUUAAUGUUUAUUAUUCUGUACAUGUCAAUUCCAUUUGUAUUGUCUCUGUCACCAGGGCUAGCCCUUUGUACUAGACAAAGCCUAGUUGGGUAGCCCUGGCUCUAUGUAACUGAACAACCAAACCAAUAAAUGAUUAACAGAUAGUACUGAAAGCACAUUGCACAUUACUAUAUAUUAAAAAUAGACAGUAACCUCAAUAUCCUUUGAAUACUGUAGAUAUAAUAACCUUUGGUAGAUAUUGUAAACACAUCAGCACAGUUACAUCUAUAGCUCCCUGCUAUAUUUAGAUGAAUCCCACAAUAUACAUUUCACAACAUUCUUGCAGGAGAAAUUAUUUGCCAAUAAUACAUUUGCCAAUACCAGCUUUGAUAUUAAGCAGAAAAAAAUUCCUUAGCUUAUAUAAUAACUGUGAUUAUUCAGACACAUUCUACAUUUAAUACCUUUCGACGCUAGGUCAGAUUGCAUCUGGUCGUAUGACACCAUAUGAUUGAAUAAUUCAUUGUCUCAAAUGCAGGAUUUUACCUUAACGUGUUUUUUAAGUGUUAUCAAAGACGUUUUAUAUAAUGUCCUUGAGGUUGGGUGUGGCGCUUGUUGUGCUGUCACGUGUCCAGUUGCAUUUUUCUGCCCGAGAACUGCUGAAGACCCCAGUCUUGUGAAAGUUGCCAUCUUUACUACCACUCUUCUUUGUUCUGACAUUUUGUCAUCCGCAUCGGGUAUGUAUUCGGCAGAAUAAUUGAUGAUUAGACUUUUGCUUGUGAUGUUUGGUUCUUGGUGGGCUCGCGACGUCUGCAUUCAGGGGAGAAAAUACUGAAGUUACGGAAGUAUGCAGGCAUAUCCACCCACGGAACCUGCAACAAGUUUCACAAAAUGCUAAGGUCAACUGGCUGAGAAAACGCUUAUUAUAAGUUUAAAUCUUUAUCUUCAUUUCACAUUACUACAUUGUACUGCAGUUAAUAUAUUUCAAAGAAUUAUGGUUGAUAACUGAUCUAUAUCAAACUCCGCAUUGAUGUUUUAGUUCCAGUUGUCAUCAUGUCAUCCACAUCACAGAAGCACAGGGACUUUGUUGGGGAGCCCAUGGGAGACAAGCCUGUAACAGCCCUGGCUGGUAUUGGGAGCACACUGGGAGGAAGGCUGUCAGAGAAGGGCUAUGACAAGGCAUAUGUAGUACUGGGUCAGUACCUGCUGCUGAAGAAGGAUGGUGAUAUGUUUAGGGACUGGCUGAACGAAACGUGCAAUGCCAACAGUAAACAGACACUGGAGUGCUACGACUGCCUUGCACAGUGGUGUGAGGCCUUCCUGUGAUUGGCAAUAUGUC